AUGUCUUCUUCGCAAACUCCCACCAACCCCAAGAUCAACGAACUGGGAUCCGGCUUUGGCGUUGAAAUCCAGGGCCUUGACUUCUCGGAAGGUGUCACUGACAAUGACCACGCUUUUAUCGAGGAACUUGUCAAGAUUUACGGUGUAGUGGUUAUCCGCAAGACCAAGCUAGACGAUGGAGCCCAUAUCACCCUAGCACGCACAUUUGGAGACCUGGAUGAUGUCAAGCCGUAUAACAAAGCAGGGAGAAUUCACCGCCUGGACUACGACGAACUAUUCGAUGUUGGUAACAUGGAGCAUGAUGGCUCUAUUGUUGACUCUAGCAGUCCCCGGGCACAGGCCAAUAGGGGGAACAGCCUAUUCCAUGUCGACUCAAGUUUCAACCCCCGUCGGGCGGGCUACUCCCUACUACUGUCUCAUGAGCUGCCACCUCGAGGUACUGGCGGUAGUACCGAGUUCUGUGACACCCGAGCUGCAUGGGACGACCUUGAUGAAGCUACCAAACAAGAGCUGCUGUCAAAAGACUAUAUUGCCUGCCAUUCCAUCCUCCACUCUAAGAAGAUUGCUGCGCCUGAGCACUUUUCCAAUAUGGAUCCCGCCGACUACCCCAUGGGUCGUCAUCGUCUAGCUCAGAAACACGAGCGAUCGGGUCGCAUGAAUUUAUACCUCGCCAAGCACAUCCAUCAUAUCGAAGGUUUGUCGACCAAAGCAUCACAAGAGCUUUUCGAUAAGCUCUUCGAUCAUGCCACGCAGGAUAAGUAUCGCCUUGAAGUGGAGUGGCGCAACGUGGGGGACCUGGUCAUCUGGGACAAUACCUGCACCAUGCACCGAGCAGUUGGAGGGCCUUUUGCCUACAAGUAUAAAAGGGAUAUGAGGCGCGCUACUGUCCAUGACGAUAGUACCCAAGCUUGGGGAUUGAACGAGCAUAGCGAUGUUCGUCAAGGUCUUCCCUGA